UUUAAUAAGAUAGAUGCAAAAACAUAAUAGUGAUAGUUAAAAAAAAAAAAACUAAAUUGUACAUCCAUAAUUUCUUUAUAAAUAAAGUUGACAUAUCUGCUUUCUCAGGCGUACACGUCGCUCUGGAGAGAGAGGCUGCUUUCUCGCCACAUGUCGACACGCUGAGUUGUCUGUGUAUCUCACGCGUUUUCCUUUGUUCCGUGUGUCGCUUUUCUGUUUUGCUGAUUCCUCGAUUUGGGUUUCGUUUAUGUUUCGAAAAUAAGCCCACAUAAGCCCAGAUGCUGAUGAUCGUUGGUGGCCCACGUGAUUUUAGGGUUCUUCUUCGCUCUUCUUCUUGCGGCGGAUGCCUGACCGUCAAAAUUUCACAGAAACUGAACACUCCAUUUGCUACCCGUAACACCUCACAACUCCUUAAAUCCGAUAUUUAUUUUGAGUUUCCCCUUGAUUAAUCCACUCCUCCUUCAUUAAGAUUUCGGUGCACCUGUUCGUUUUCCUUAAAAUCUGCUAGAUCUCCAGCUAUAAAUAUCUCACUUUCAUACCAUGCAAACUCCAACUCAAACCAAAUCUGCAAACUUUCAAUUUGCAAGCAAACGAUUCCGAUGGCUAAUUCAUGCACUGUUCUUGCUAACUUGAGAGCCGGGAGAUGCUCCAACGUGGAGGAGGUCCGUUUUCUGAGAUUCUGUGAGGCCAAGAACAUCAACAAAAGGGGACAACUGAUGAGCCUUGAGAUGUUAUUGAUUGAUGAGCAUUCUACGCUGGUCCAAGGGUCUGUUCCUGCGUCCUUACAACUAACGUUUAGGGGGCGUUUGACCGAAGGAUCGGUGUACACCUUAAGUGGGUUCGAUGUCACACGCAGCAACCCAAAAUUAAGGAUAAAAAAGAGUUGCCAUAAUGAAGAAGCAGAACCACCAUGCAAGUUAAGCUCUUCCAUUUACUAUGGAGGCCAAGAAAAAAAAUUCUUUUACAACGACUACCACCAUAGAUACUUACAAGAGAGAUGGAGAGGAAGGCGAUUCCAAAAGCGCAUCACGAGGAAACUGGUGAGAAGGGUUGCUUUAUUACUAACAUGCACUGCAUGUCAUGCAAUCCUGAAUCUAGCAACUACUAAGGGAAUUAUGAGACAUCAUGAUAUCUAUAUAUAUAAAGAAAUUUAG